UUGUUUUUAUUUUCCAAUUUUUCACUCGUGAUAUUGUUUUCUAAUAAAUUUUAUCCAAAAAAAUAACUGUUUGCUAUUAUAUUAUAAAAAUGGUUACGAGAGUUUUAGGCUGGUUUGGUUUAAUCUCCGUUAUAAUUAUAGCUUUACUAGGUUUUGGACUAUAUCUUACAUUGUUAACGUUUAUCGUUUCAUUUAUAAUUGGGGUAUUAACAAUUUUUUACUUGAACUAUGAUCCAAAGAAAGUAUUUAAUGCUGAUAUUGACUGUUUGGAUGACCCGUUGCAACAGACAAACUUUUCAAUACAAUCUACAAAGGUGUUAGAAUUAUUUGAAACUCAAAAACCUUUACCAAAGUUUGACAAUAGGAUAACAGGCAGUGAAACUGUUGACUCGUUUAUCAAUGAAAUAAUCUCCAUCAUAAUCAAUGACUAUGUCGCAACUUGGUAUGAAGUUGUUACUGAUGACCAGGAAUUUACCACACACUCUAUAAAGAAGCUUGUGGUUGCUGCUGGGGCUAAUAUAGCCAAUAGAGUGAAAUGUGUAGAUUGGGUCCAUCUACUAUCUACAAGAUUUCCUGAAGAGUUGACAAUACAUUUGAAACUAUAUAAGCAGUCAAGAGUUAGACUGAAACACUUGCAGUUGUUAAGUGCCAAAGAGGUCAAUGGGACCUCAAAACCAAGCCCAAAAAAGCAGGACGAGAAGAAGAUACAUAGAAGAAACAAGAGUGAAACAGACUUGACAUGGCCACCAGAUUCACAGUCAUUUGGGAAAUCCAAAUUCUACAGUAGCUCAGAGAAUGUAAGCAGUAACAAUUUAAAGGACCUAUUUUUCGAUUUGGAAUGUUCUAUGGAGAACAAACAGAUCUGUCGCGAUACAUUUUGUACUGACUCAGAAAAAGAGUAUGCUCUACUCUGUGAGGUGUCAGAAGCAGUUUUAUAUCUCGUCGCGCCAGAAGAGGCCUGGAAAUGCCACGCUAUGAAAUUAAUCCUUAUAGAUUUGUUGUCUGCAAUUGUCUUGAAACCUUUGAUCAAUUUGUUGAGUGACCCCGACAAUAUCAACCGAGCUAUUAUUAGAUCUUGUUGCAGAGAUUCCUGUUUGUCAUCCGAAUUGUUUCUACUGGUGAUUCGAUCUUGUGGGGACGCCGAGGAAUUAGAUGCCACAUUGGAGCUUGUACAAAAGGAUAUACAGAAAUUGCAUUCAAGAGACAGCGCAGGGGAAUGGGAAUUACAAGACCGUCAGAAAUUGUCUUCUCUGCAGUAUUUAAGCAGAAUAAUUCAAGCCAGGCUAGCGACUUUAGGACCUCAAGAAGGUACAUCGGACAGUGGUAAUACAGCAAGAGUCUCCGAAGAAGUCAUGAGGACAUUAAAAUUUUUAAGAGCCAUCGCUGCAUGGAAGUCUAAUGCGCAGUAUUUACUAGAAAUCGAAUUAAAUGAAGCAGACGCCCCACAAACAUCGAAAGCCGUAAUCGACAACCUCCGAUCGUCGGCCUUGGAACUGUGCGACACGUUUCUGUCGCCGAGUCGAGCGGCCAUACUGGGCGCGCCUGAGAACUGUCACGCGGAGCUAGUUCGUAAAAUUACCACCGAAGGCGAGGAAUUCACCAACAAUCCUGUCACAUGCUUCGAUGACAUGCAAAAGUGCGUGAGCGACGCUUUAGAGGAUGAUCCAUCUUGGCAAGCAGAUUUUAUGAUGGACAGUGAGCAAGGCGAAUCAAAUGAGGUAAAUAGUGAAAAUAGAAGAGAAACUAAACCGGAGCCUCCAAAAUAUGCUGGUGAUAUGUUCCUACCGGUCAUUGGAGCCAGACACAAUCGGUCAAGGUCAGAUAUUGUGGGCAGCUUCGCACAAAAAAUGAUUAAUGACAAUGCAGGUCCAUCGAAUCUAAAAUCAGCAAAUACUAGCAGUUUAUCCCUAUCGCAUUCGGCAAUAAGUCAGAGUGCAAAGAAUAUGAUGUCGCCAUUGUCUGCAUGUAUCAUUGAAACGGCGCUGGUGCAGGAUAAAGGUAGAACUUUUGGGAUAUACGCGAUCGCAGUGACGAGAGCAUCCGACAACGAAGUGUGGCACAUAUACAGGCGGUACAGUGACUUCUAUGAUCUACAUGCUGCCAUUAAAGAGAAGUGGCCAGAGCUAGGUCACCUACCGUUUCCAGCAAAGAAGACAUUUCAGAACACAUCAAGAAGUGUACUAGAGAGUCGGAAGCGUACGCUGAACAAUUAUUUGCAGAGUUUGACGAGCAUAUCGCGGGAUGCGCGAUACAUGACUCUCUUGUCCAUGGAAUAUUUGGGAGGAUUUCUCAGUCCGGAAACUCAGACGGAAAGACAUGGAAAUUCAAUUGAUGCACUUCUAGUGAAUUCUAUAAAGGCCGGAAUGAGAACUUUGAAAAGUAUGCCCGACCAAUUUGUUAACACUGUGGAUGGAGUUAUGGAUGGAAUUUCAAAGGUCUUUCAAGGAAAAGGUGGUGACAGUUACGAUAACUUCAAGGUUGGAAGUUCAUCUGAUAUUCAAGAUGAUAGCGAUGAAAGUGUACCAUUGCGGUUAUUGGAAGAGGUUUUGGGAAUCCGAGGGUUGUGGCUUAGGAGACGACUUCUUGCGCCGCUUAGGACCAUCAUCGCUGACCGCGUUAAUAAAAAAGUGUUAGAAUUCGUUUCGUCGUUGACAUCGCCAAGGAAUAUGGUGCAAUACUUAAAAACUUUCAAACAGUGGUUGACGAAUCGAAACAACCCCAGCGCGGCUUCGAGAGACGCCGCCACGAAAGCUAGGACGAGGGUUGCUGCUAAAGUGGCGCUUUUAUCAGCAGCCUCAGAUGACCUCAGACAUAUAGUGGGCACCGAUGCGGCACGUCGGGGCCUGCUCACAGUAUUUGACUUAUUCCAAACGCAAGAGAUUAACAGGAGAUUGUUGCUUGUAUUACUUGAAGUGACAUUAUGCAACCUCUUCCCUGACAACCAAAUUCAGGACAUGUUCAAAAAACUGUAUUCAAAAUCACCGAGAGUGCCCGCAUCAAAGAAAUCCGUUAAUGUAUGAAAUAUAGUCAAGAAUUUAUAAAUGUUUAAAUUAAUUGAAGUCAAUUGUAUCUACUCUUAAUUUAUGGUUAUGUUAGUAAAUCAACUUUAUGUUUUGCAGUGUUACUUAACCUUAAAUAUUGAUCUGUCCCGCUGACUGCUGACUAAAUAUGAGAAUAUGAUUUAUAAGUUGCCAUUGGAGUUUUACUUUAAAUUAAUAAUUUAAACCAUAAAUACCACUGAUUUACAAAUAUCGUCAAAACUAUUAUGCUUAAAAUUUAAAAAAUAAAUACGGAAAAAUAUAUCCCUGCUGUAAAGAUUACAGAGAAAUCUAUAAGAAGUCAAUGGUAUUAUGAAUUUAUGGAGCAUUUAGUUUUUAUCAGCUGGUGUUAAGCGAUUUAUUUAUGCUAAAUUUACUUCUCACCCUUUUACGAUGUGCCACUUGUAGAUAUAAUAUAAAUUGUCAACCUACCUUUAGCAGAUCAAAGAAAUUUGCUAAAAAAUUUAAUGAGGGUAUUUUUUUUUAAUUUUUAAUUUUAACGAUAAACUGGCCCUGCUGGUAAAAGGUAAAAAGCUACACUUAUCAUUGAAUUUUCUCACCCACCAUGCUUUCAUAUCACAUUAGCACUAUUCUGUAACGAAGUUUUUGGCUCGACAUUGUGAGUUUCGAAUUCGUCUCUGUCUAGUCCAUACCAUAGAUAGAGAAAGACAGAGACGAAUUCGAAACUGUUCUUCGAAACCCAAUUCACACCGUCGAGUUAUAAAAAAUAUUUCAGAAUAACGCUACAGCAACUCUCUUCUCAGAUUAGAUCUUAAACCAAUAAGUAUUAUAAUUAAUUUAUUUCACAGCUUAUUUAUUUUUAUUGACUGAUUUAACCAAGGCCUGAAAUUACGGGUUUUAUUUACAUUAUUUUUCAUAUUUUUUUAUGGUUUAAUAUUGUAAAAAGGUUAAGUAACGCUCGCUGCAAUUAAGUGUUCACUGAAAACUAAAAUAGGUACUUACUACUUUGUGCGGUGUGCCUAUUAUUAUAGUAUUAUUUACACUUUUUAUAUAAAUAAUAAUAAUAGUGUCCUCGCCAUUUGUAAUUAAGAUAUCAUGUAAUUAAGAUAUCAUGGGUAAAGUUAAUUUUAGGCUACCAAAUUUCGAGAUGCCAUUUUAUAUUACUGGUACGUAUCGUGUAAUGGUAUUGUUAUCAACUAAUAUGAUAAAUGUGUAAGUUGGAAUGUACCGAAACGAUAAUCAAGUCAGAACGGCUGAAAAGAUUUGUAUGAAAUUUUCACAGAGAUAUAAUCUAGGAUAGUAAUGUGUUCAACUUGGCUGCCUGGAUAUAUUAUAGUGACACCGAAACAUAGAUAUGUUACGGUGUCACUAUAAUAUACAUGUUCAAGAAGUGGCAAAUUAUAAAAUUAAUACACAUUUUAUUGUUAUGGUUUGAAAUAAUAUUUAUUGUAUGAUAACUGACUUGGAAUAAUAAACACGAUAUACAGAAGUUAAAAAUAGAUGUAUUUUCAAAUUUUGUUGUAAAUUUCCUUUGGAUGGUGUUUGAAAACCGUUGCCCUGGUUCAAAUUUACGAUAACCUAACAAGCUACUGGUGCGUGGUCGUGUUAGCCGUAACGUAAUGUGCGGAAUAGGUUAUGGCUUAGCUAAAUUGACGAAAUACAGCCUUCCUACUAAUUUUCAAUUUCUUUACUCAACCAAGUCUUUCAUAGUCACUUCACAAUUAAGUUACUAAUAAUAUAAUCAUCCAUCCAUAACCAGUAAUGUUGAUAAUAUGCAUUUUGUCGAUUCGUCUAUAUUAAUUAACGAAUAGCUUAAUAAUGUACCUAGACCAUAUUCGAAUUGAAAUGUAUGUAGGUAGUUAAUUACCUAUCUGUAAAAACUGUAAUAAAUAUAAAAAAAUAUUAACCUAGCUAAUAAUUAUACUUAUACGAAUAAUGUAAUAUAAAAGAAUUGCUAGAUUAAAUAAUAAAAGUUUAUUAUAUAUAGACUAUACAUAUAGACAAGACGUAAAAUCUGAAUUAGGCUGCCAGUCCACCGAAGCGGAGAAACGGAGAAAUAUUAACCAAUAGGAUUGCACAAAAUCUCCGCUUCUCUUAAGUGGACAAGGACUUACGAACUAGUUUAAAAAGUCAUACAAAACCGGUAAGCGGAGCAGGGAAAAGGAAGCGGGGUUAAAUAAGUUGAAUUUAACAUUUAUUUAUUUAACAUAGUCUGCAACUCCGCUCCGCAACCUCGCUUCGCUCCGGUGGACAGACACUGUACGCAUCGCUCCGCUUUAGUCCGUUUCUCCGCUACGCUCCCUCGCUCUGCUUUGGUGUACAGGCAGUCUUAGGUAUAGCAUAAGUUGUGAUAUUUUGUACCUAAAAAGAAUGUGCCUAUGUACAAAAUUUUAUUUGCACGCAUUAUGUGCAUUAGAAAAGCCAAAAUUAUUAUAUUUUUGAUAAUUUAAUGAACGUUUGCUACAAUUGAUUUUGGUUAAGAAAAUUUGACUUACAUUUUCGAAUUUGACAAUAGCCUAAUUUCGAAUUUGUGCGGUUAUUGAACCUACAAAAACUAAAUUUAUAUUGAAUAUAUUGUUAUGUACAAGUAUGCACAUGAUCAUUAAGAACCUUGAAUAGUUUUAUAAAUAAACUAUUUAGACAUAACACAAUAUUUGAAAACUUUGUUUGUAUGUUUCUUUGUUUGUUUGUUUGUAAUGAAUAGGCUCAAAAACUACUGGACCGAUUUUAAAAAUUCUUUCACCAUUCGAAAGCUACAUUAUGCACAAGUAACAUAGGCUAAAUUUUAUUUUGGAAAAAAUAGGGUUCCGUAAGAUAUUUGGGUUUUUCGGACACAAGGUGUAAAAAAUGAACCAGAAAAGUAGGGUAGGGCUAGGUAGGAGUAGGGAAGGGUUAGGGGUAGGCUAGGGGUAGGGUAGGGGUAGGAUAAGGGUAGUUAAAAGUUUACAUCGAGUUUCACGCGGACGAAGUCGCGGGCAUCGGCUAGUCAUGGAUAACACUCAAGUUAGUUUACAGUCUCUACUUUUCUCUACUUAAUGAUUUCACAAGAAUCAAUGCAAGAAAUUAAAUUGAUGGUUUAGUUUAUUUAGUAGCCUUGAAUUGUUAAAAAAGAUUUUAAAUUAGAGGUUAUAUAGAGGCUAUAUAUUCGUAUUAUAUAUCAACGAAUAGGUUCAUAGGAAAUAGGAUUAAAUUAAUGGUUUAUGACUUGGUACGGUCAAUAUAUCCCAAGUCAUACACUCUUGUGACUAUGACUGCCAUCUUUUUCCCAUUAAAUAACGAUUCAGUCUCAGGUAGUCGCGCGUUAACUUGCAAAGUUUUAUUUUAUUCGUAGUAACCGGGGACGAUGAAGCAGUUCAGAAAUAUUAACGUGUUAAAUUUAAAUGUCUUUAAAAUUGAACUGGGGUCCUUCAGCAAUUAAUAAAGGCACCAACUAGUUAGAACUUAGUUCACUAUUAUGUAUGGCAUUAGAAAUAUAUUCUCACGCGUUAUUUAUAAGUAUGUAUAAUGUUCACAGUGUCAUAUUACAAAUAGGUUGCCUUCUAAUACAUCUAAAUGAAAAUCAAAAUCACGAACAAUGGCAAAUUAAUACUGUUAAUUUAAGCAUAUAAUAAGCUUUCAUUUGAUACAUUCGUCGACUAAAUAACUGACGAUGGUAAUUAAAUAACAUUAUUCAACUGUUUAUAUCUGGCAACCCCACAGAUGCAAUGUGAAAGCAGGCAAACUUUACGUUUUUAAUUCUGUUGGAAACGAUUUUUUUAAAUUAACCAAUGAGGAAGUAGAUUAAUAUAAUAAAAAAUAUAUAUCUAUUAGUAUUUUUUAUUACUAUCCGGAUGCAACAUUUUGCAAUGUGUCGAAGUGAAUAUUUUCUAUUAUUUACAUCUUAUGCCAAAUAAAUAACAGAUGAGGGUAUACUUAUAUUUUUUAUGCCGGAUUUCGUACUGUAAUGAAGUUUUACUUCAAAAAGCAACAUAUCUACAAUUGUGCCUGUAGUGAAAUAUAAUUUGUUUUAAACGAGUAAAUCUAAAAUGGCACUAUUUUACAUACCCGUGAGUGUUUAGGUAUGCGGUUUUUUUGUUAUAAUAAUAUCAUAAUUUAUAGAUUAGAAUAAUGACCUAUAUUAUUUUUAAAGUUAAAAUUGUUGUAAUAUCGAUUUGAAAGUUAAGUUUGAUUAAGGUUGAGUAGGUAGCUAAUUAUUAUUAUUGUAGUU